UCAAAUUUUUUUACACGUUACUGAAAAAUUCAAAUGAGCGACACCUGCUGACAUGCGACAUUGGAAUUAGCGCAUAGGGAAAAUCUUUGGUAAACAUCUAUGGUCUCUCUGCAUAUUGUCGCACGAACUAAGUUGCACAACUAAAAUAUAAAUUUAUUAUGCUUCCAUAGCAAAUUUAUAUGGGCGAAAUAAUUCAGGACUUGACUUUAACUAUACAUGAUUCAACCGUCAUUUUGUUUGCCUAGAGCCCUGAACGACAGAAAAAUUCAGACGUACAUUGGUUUUGGACAAAUGAAAAGACAAAUGUACCAUGAAUUACAAAUUGUACAUAUCGUUUAACAGGUGACUUGAAUGUACCAAAAAGUUCACGUUGAUACUCUUUAUCUAAAAUUAAAAUAAUAAUUCUCUACUAUUAUUCGCAUUCUUUUGCGUUGCUUGGGGUGAAAAUUACCAAAUUACUCAUCCAAAUAAUAUCGUCGAGCUGUGCCAAAUACCGGGCCCAACAUGCGUAGCUCUGCAUGCCUCAGACGUCUCAAGCAUCUAUUGGCACGCGAGCAGCUACUGAACCUAUAUUGCUGUUACAGCCGUGAGUGCGAGUGGUUCAGGGUUGCAGUGGAACAUCAGUCCGAUCACUUCAUUGCAUGAACUGAUAUAUUGAGUUCAGCUUAUUGUUUCAGUUCAGUGGAGGAACAGUUGAGGGUAAUAUAGCACCUGAAAUAAAUAAAAACUGCGUGAAAAACAGCUGAACUUUUAAGUCAGUGUAAUCCUGAUGAUUAUUUAUUCGUCGACGCAGUGUGUGAGGUUGAACAAUGGAGACUGUGGAAGCGCCGUACAGAAUUGAUGUAACGGCUGAGGCUGGCAGGAGUCUUGUGUCUACGAGGAACCUCCCUCCAGGCUACCUUCUACUGCAGGAAGGCCCGGCAGUGCUGGGUCCUACGGCUCUCUCGGAACCCGUUUGUUUGGCAUGUCACUCCCCCACCAGUUUGUUGUUCCGAUGCCCUGGAUGUCAAUGGCCCAUGUGCUCCCAAACUUGUGCUGACCAUCCUACUCAUGCGGAUGAGUGUUCAGUACUAGCGCAGGAUACGAAAGGAGUUGGGAUUCCUGUGAACACAGACGCAACUCCGAGGUACGACCUCAUCCUGAUCUUACGGUUCCUCCUUUUGAGGAAAAAAGACCCUGAUAUGUGGGAAAAAUUGAUGGCCCUUGAAAGUCAUUGGCAGAAACGAAAAGCCGAGAACGAACCGCACCACAGUGCAGCUGUGCAGUAUUUUCUGAAGGUAUGCCCUAUGGAACACGAAGAAAAUAUUCUGCACAGAGUUCGUGGAGUGAUCAUGACGAAUUGCAUUAGCAGUAAAACGCUAUCAGGGGUCAGUUUACGGGGACUUUAUCCAACCAUAAGCCUUCUUAACCAUUCAUGUAAGCCUUCUGUUUACUUGCGUUCCGAUAAAGCAAAUCAUCUUUUCGUACAUUCCACAGUUGAAAUAUCGGAGGGCGAAUCGCUUCUCUUCAGCUACAUUGCUACAGGAGAUCCUUAUUGGAAACGGCAGAGAGAGCUGAGCGAUACCUACUAUUUCAAGUGCAGAUGUGAACGCUGCAUUGACCGCACAGAAAUGAACAUUCAUUUUUCGUUCUUGAGGUGUGAAAAGUGUGAAAAUGGAUAUGUUGAUCCGUUAUUUAACAAGAAAAAAUCUUACAAGUGUACAACUUGCAAAUAUUCCACGCAACAAGCGAAGGUUAUGCACACUUGUGUGAGUAUUCAAGCUUUAUACGGCAAAGCAGACCAGGUCCAUGACUGCCGUACUGCCAUGCAACUACUGAAGCUUGUGCACAGCAAAAGCCACGGAAACCAUUACACUUGGCUCGCGUGUGCCGGGCAUGUCAUCAAAUCACUCGCUCAAAAUUCUUCAAUUAACGCAUUGCGUCUCAAAAAGCAACUUUGGAUGAGGAUCAUUGAUAUUUACAGCGUAAUUGAGCCAGGAAUGACAAGGAGACGAGGAAUAUCCCUGCUGCACCUCGGCGCGGUGUCUCUACAGUUGGCUAUGUUGGACUGCAACGUCGGGCGCAUCUCGCGGCCUGUGAUGCUCAGACAACUGGCGGCGUGUCGCGGGACGCUGGACGAGGCGCGCGCCAUAUUACGUUUAGAACCGCCUGAUACUACUGAAGAAAAGUGGAUUAUGAUGGAGGAAAAGGAGCGAAGGAGACUAGAUGAGAUCAUGGAACAAACGCAAGAACUCAUUGAUGAAGAGUAUGGUACAGCACAAAUGAGAAGGAGUGAAGAAGAUAAUCUUUCACUCGAAAUUGGAGAUUUUGAAGAUACUUCUGUUAAAAAAGUAGACGAAUAUGAAGAGUCGUGCACUCGAUGAGCCCAUACUAACAGGAAAUUGCGUAUGGUUUUGUUUCAGAAGAUAAUUUCUGUAUUAUACGCCGAUAAAUUAUAUUUAUUACUAUUGACAGAAGUAUUAUCAGUAUUCUGGCUGAUAAGGAUGAGUGUUCUGUUCAAUUUGAGUCAAGAAUAUCUUAUCUUAAAGUGGAUAUAAAAUUACCGCCUCAGGGCUGGGCACAGCGGCUCAUUGUGUGCAAACAAUGUUGA